AUGGCGGACAAUCAGGUGCGGCUGCAGCACGAGGCCUCGGUGAGGGCGGGGGAGGGGCAGCACCUCAGCCAACACCAAGGCCAGCAGCAGCAACGGCAGCAAUAUGACAGGUCAACGAGCGGCGACAGUCGAGCCGGCUUCGAGGAGUACUGGAGAGAAGAGAAGGAGAGCGAAAGGGCCGGGAGGGUGCAGUUCGUGAACGAGGGGCCGCCUUACCAUCAUCAAUCGUCGUCGUCGCCGUUGGAUCACCAAUCGCAGCAGGUGUCGGGAGGAGGAGAUCAGGAACUGCAGGGUUCUCGAGUUGUCUUUCCCUUCAUCCCGUCUUAUCUUUGA